AAUGACACUAAUAUCAAUGGGCUGGAUCUGUCAAAAUUAAACGUACUGAAUUGCUCAAAAUUUGGAGGCACACGAGAAAAAAAACUACUUUUCUCGGGGGCACAGACGAAGAAAUUGGAUAGAAAAAUGCACAGUGCCCCACUCUAAGAGUCGCGAUGCUUUUAAAAAUUCUACGUAAAUAUGGCACACUGAACCACUUGGUAAGCAACCACCAUCCUCAGGUCACGACUUCCCGGCGUCCAAGUCCUGCCCAUCUGAAAUCUGGAUCUGGAUCUGGAUGCGGAUGUGGAAGAUUCCCCGGAGAUCCGCGAUUGAUCCGGCGUCAGGUACACGACUGGGAUCAACGGCGCAAAACCAUUCCAAAGUUGGUGUAUCUGCACAACCCGUGGAAGUACCUGCUGACCAAGUUUAAUCUGUGGAAGCUAAAAUGGCUGUGGGAUCGGGACUUCAGCGAACCGGACUUCCUGGAGGGCGCCAAACAGGCGGCGAUCGUUAUGACGGACAUCAUCCGGCUGCAAAGUGCGGAGCGGAUCAGCGAGUACACGACUCCGGUGGGAUUCCAGCAGAUCACCCGGGACAUGCUGCUUUCCCGAAACGACACGCGCCUCCAGUUGGUCAGAUUCGAGCGGGAACACCUUCGCCGAGCGAUUCCCAUGAAGGUUGCCACGCGGCAGAACUUUGGAAGGAAGUACGCCUUCAUUGACAUGCUCUUCGUGGGUCUGCGGAACACCAAGGACUUCGACACGGCCACCGAGGUGGUGGAAAUCAACGAGAUCAUCCGCAGGAUGGACAAUGAACUGAAGACCCCGCCGGAAGUUGUGUCAGUUCCGCAUCGAAUAGUGUUUGCCGAGAUCUUUAUCCGUUUCAGAAGAGAUUACACUGCCGAUACGAGACGAGGGGUCAACCCAAGUUCUCCCUUCAACCAAAGUUCCCCUAUUAACUCGCCCUUUAGUGCACCCAACGGUCCAGCACCUGUGGCCAAUGGAAAACCACUCCAACAAUCCUUCAUACAAUCCGCAGUGGAUCCCAUGAGAUCCGCCCAGAAUGCUGGAGCAACGGCUCUGCCCCUAACUGGUAGAAUUCUACCCCGAACGGACGAUGUGGGAUGGUCGGUGUCCUUCUACAAGAUCCUUACCUUCGAUGUCCUCAACUACGAUCCGCAGUCCCGAAAACAGCAGCGCCGCCAGUCCCACGAGAAUCCUUAGUGUUUGUGUAAUAUUGAUCAGUAUUUCCUCCGGAUAUCCACCAUUUGCUACAGUUAAAACUAUAUUGAUACAAAAUUAUAGAUGAUACCUACAAAAAAUAAAAUGAUAUAAGCAUU